GCUCGGAGCGCGACCCCGGGAGAAACGCGGCGGCCGCUGCCAUGGGCGCUGGGCCUGCGGGGGCGCCGAGGGGGCUCGAGGAACGGCUGCGGCGCGCGCGAGAGUCAGCAGCCGGGACUGGCCCUGGACACUGAGCCGAGGUGGGGGUCGCUCUGGCGCUGCGAGGGCCUGCGAGCAGGAGCACUGCGCGCCGAAGGAGCCGGGCAGUCGCUGGCCACUUCAGGGAACCCUGCCUCGCCGCCCGGCGGGUCCAGAGAGCCGUGUGGUCACUUCUGGGGGUGCGGUGACCCCGCCCGGCACGUUUUCGGGAUCCAGGCGCGCCCGCUCAGGCCGCCGCACAUUCCUGGAGGCCACCUGGGGUCCAGCGCCGCCUCGGUCGAGCCCCGGGGUGUCCCUGGAUGGCUGAACUGCCCCCUCGCCGGCCGCCCGGGCGCCGCAGCGGCUGAGGUCGCUGGGAUCGCCCGGCCGCCGCCGUCCUCGCCGCCCCCUGCAUGCCCGGCGCGCGGGUCGCAGCCCACCUGGACUCUCUGGGCCCCCUGGUGUCCUACGUGCAGCCGCCGCUGCUGCCCUCUAUGUUCUACGUGGGCCUGUUCUUCGUCAAUGUGCUGAUCCUGUACUACGCCUUCCUCAUGGAGUACAUCGUCCUCAACGUGGGCCUCGUCUUCCUGCCCGAGGACUUGGACCAAGCGCUCGUGGACCUCGGCGUGCUCUCUGACCCCGGCUCCGGCCUCUACGAUACCGACUCGGAGCUCGACGUCUUCGAUGGAUACCUGGAGUAGGGUCUUGACUACUGUUCGCCCCUCCCCUCCACGACCCGCAGCCCUCGGCCUGGACCAGCUGCCCAGAUCAUGCCGCCGCUCCUGGUUAGGGGCGCUGUCUGUACCGGGAUGGGACCCCAGGAGGCGCCCCUCCGAGGCCUGCCUGAUCCCCUGGAAAGCUUCGUGCCGACAGAGAGCUUCCUGACCCGACCCACGACAGCAGAAGGAGACUGAGUGCCAAGUUGGGGAGGCACCCGCGAAGACCCGAGCCGUCCGUCGCUCAGAGGACCUGGCCGAGGCCUCCGCCUGUCCGCAGCAGCGAUGGAUGUUUACAGGAACCCAGCCGGAGUCUGCCUCCCCGCACCUGCUCCCACUGAACCCCUGGAGAGACCCUUCAAACCGCGGACUCGCACAGAGCCACUCCUGGCUCGCUUGAUGCCAGGCGAGCCUUACGCCUGGCAGGGUUUCGCCGAGGCUGGUCUUGGAUGCAGCGUCUUAGGGAGUGACUCAGGAGGAGCCGCAGAGGGACGGUGGGGAUGAGGGUAGGGUUUUGACUUAUUCAUUUCGGGUUGCUUGUUCUCACUGAGUUGGCAGGACUGAGGCCUCGUGUGGGAGCAGGCCUGUCGCUCCUCUGGCCGGAAACAUUUCUGAAAACCUGAGUGGUGUGAAUGCUUGAUUUCGAUGAACCUGUAAAAGCAAUACUCAGGAGGCUCACUUAUUUCCAUUAAAAAAAAUGUAUGCAAUUCCAGUU